AAGUUCAACCAGUCAAACGAAGUGCGUUUCGGCGAGUUGGUACAAUCGAACGUUCAGUAUCAGGAAAAGUUGUCACAACAAGUGGCAUCUACAAACGAUAACUUCACAGAGCUCGAGAGUCAAGCCGAUAAAUUGUUCCCGAAGAUUGAUUCGGUCGAUUCUAACGUGAAACACUACGUUGAGGCAUUUGACGUCACAGCUACUAAUGCGAUGUGUUCUAUGGAUUCGGCAGUGCUUGAUGGAGAGUCGAAAUUAUCCGAGACCAGUGACAGUCACUGUCAAACAAUAGACAAUCUCG